CUCCCGAGAACAUUCUUCGAUAUAUCCGUAGGAGGAGCCAAAGCGAAUCGCGUGGUGUUUGAACUCUUCACCGAUGUCGUCCCUAAAACGGCAGAAAACUUUCGUGCACUUUGUACCGGCGAAAAAGGUAUUUCGCCCAUAUCGAAUGUCCCUCUGCAUUACAAAAACUCCAUCAUACAUCGUGUCAUCGAUGGCUUCAUGAUACAAGGAGGUGACUUUACCAAACGGACUGGUGCCGGAGGGGAAAGUAUCUACGGUGGAACGUUUGCGGAUGAAAGGUUGGAAGGGGAAGGUACGGAGGUAGAUAAAGCUGGAUUGCUUGUGAUGGCUAAUCGAGGACCGGAUACGAACGGUUCUCAAUAUUUCAUCACUCUGGCUCCUGCCCCUCAUCUGACGGGAAAACAC